GAAAGAAUAAACGAUAAAAAAAUGAAUCUGAAGAGAUUCCCUACUCCAUUCAUUCCACCGUCACUAAUAAAGUGGUUGUGGUGAUAUGAUUGAUACUCAUCAUUUCAUUCCCUUUCCUCAAACCUCAAUCUUCCAUUCCCAAUCCCAAUCCCAAUCCCAAUCAUCUCUCUUCAAUCAAGUGUUUACUGCCUCACUCAAUAAUCAUCUUAACCUUUUUCUAGAUCCACCAUACAUAUACUCUUCUUAAUUUGUUAAUUGUUGUUAUCAUACAAAGUUUGCAGUUUGCAGUUUGCAGUUUGUAGUUUGUAGUGCAAGUAGUAGCCUGUUCUGUUGUGUGUCUCAAUGACUCAAUCUCAACUCAAAAAGCUAUGUUAUGUUAUGUUAUGUUAUGUACAAGACAAUUGACAAAAACAUCAUUACCACAAUUCACAACCCUCCCAAUUCUCUCUCCUUAAAAAAAGCAGAUUACUUUGCCUCCUAUUCCGUGCAUUUUUCCCUUCUAAUUUGACUUUCCAUCCCCACAAAAACCAUACCAUAUGGCAAAAGACCAAGACCAGUGGACAUUGCAGGGCAGAGGCCAAGAGAAGGAAUUGGAACUCGAGAGUGGGGAGUCUGAGGCUGAGAUUGAGGUCCCAUUGCCUCUCACUGUGACUUCUCGGGCUUUGUAUAUGUUGGGAGAUAUCACAGGAGGGCAUGCGUUUAGGUUCACGCAAUGGCUCCAAAUUGUUCGUAAACGCACUGCAAACUAUCGUUAUUCUGGCUUCCCUCACCGCACUUCCACCACCAUGCUUUCUACGUCUUGCAUCAAAGAACCGUUGGGGGAUUCAAAAUUGAACCUGCACCCUGAUCAGACAGAAAGCUUGUGGGAGAGGCUUGGGAAGGCUGCAAUGUUGGAUGUUGAAUCGAGCUCCUUUUCUUGGGACAUGCUCUCUUCACUGCACCACACUGAACACAGCAGUAGCAAUGAACAUUCUGAGGAUGAGAUGAACAAAGCUCUUGAGGUAACUGUAAACUCAGGAGGAGUUGUCUUCUUUGCCUUUUUCAAUUGCCUUGGGAAUGCUGGUGCUUGUCCAAAAGAAGCAGCAGCUGUUAUAAAGAUAUCAUCAUCAAGAAUGGCAACACAGUCUGAACGCCUUGGCUAUGAAUUUGCCAAGUGGUUGGGAGUCCAAACUCCACAGGGUAGAGUCAUUCACAAUACCUGUUCAGAAUGGCAACAAAUAAAGGAAGCUACAGAAAAAGCUAGAGAAGCAGCAAAUUCUGAGGGUGAUGAAAUUGGUGAAAUGACAUGUUUUGAACUUUUGGAAGCACUUGAGCUUAGUCGAUGUCUCUUUUUCAUGAGUUAUGUACACGGUUCACCCUUGCUUGAAAACACAAGUGCAUUUGAGUCAAGGGAAUAUGCAGAAAGAACAUCAGAAGCUCUUGGCAGGGUACUCAUGCUGGACCUUGUCAUCAGAAACGAAGAUAGACUGCCUUGCCGUGAGCUUAGAUGGCGUGGGAACCCAGCAAAUUUGUUGUUGGCUGAAAAGACUAUCUGUGCAAAUACAGAUUCGAUAGAAGCAGCUUUUGAUUCUGCAAUUAACCGAUAUAGACCAAAGGUGAUCAGGGCACUUCAGAAAGAAAGAAGGUCAACUUCAGUAGAUUGCAGACUCAAUUCUCAUAAUCCCACCUUAAUAUCACAAUCCUCUGAUCUUUCAGAGAUUGCAGAAUCACCAAGAUCUGCUGACAUGAGCCUUGCUAGUCAAACUUCAGAAGAAUCAAUGUCUUCUGACUUUAACAUAGUAGCCAUUGAUUCUGGUGUUCCUCGGCGUCCCCCUGUUGGAAAACGUGCAAACGAUCAGGUUAAUUACCCCAAGUUGAUUGAGUUGCUAAUCAAUAGUUCUGAAUUUGCUUCAAACCUGAUACAUGAUAUAACUGGAGGAAAAUUAGGAUGUCCCCCACCAGAAGACGUGGAUAAAACUGAUGUACAUGCAAGUGACACGAUGCAUGUAGUUCAUGCAUUCCGUAAUGGUUUCCGUGGUGCACUUAGGGAUCUUCAGGGAUUUCAUAUAUUCCUACUCACACUUCACCAAAGACUUGAGACUUUGUUACGAUUGUUUAUGAACAUUAUAAGUAAAAUAUCUUCGGGAGAAUCUGAUAAAGAAGAUUCUUUGGUUCCUGACUCACCUUCACUGGCUGCUGGCGGGAGUUGUUCCUCUCCAACAUGUAAGGAAAGGCUUGCUAAUGAUAACCAUCAUGAUUUUAUUGACUCAGAAUCACAUAGAGCUGCUUUAAGGGGAUCAUCUUCCGGCAAUAGAGAUUGCAGUGACUCUACUCCUAUGUCAAGAGAAAGUUGGCAUGGAAAGUUCUAUAAAGGAUAUGGGGAACCACUUCGUAGUCUCCGCUUGACUGCUAAGCUCCGAGACUUCCAUAAAUUUGCCAAGGUUGAUGCUGAAUCCAAUAAAGAAUUGGAACAGUGGAAUGAAAUGCUUAAAAGUGAUGCUAUUAAACUAUGCCAGGAGAACAAUUUCAAUCCAGGAUUUUUUGAGGGUAGUGAUAAUAACAGUGUUGUUGAUGCAUAUGAACUUAAGGUCAGACUUGAGCAUAUUCUCGAGAGAAUUGCAUUGAUAUCAGACGCAGCAAGUACUGAGAAACCUUCAGCAGUGACAAGUAGUCUGUUCAUUGGUGGAGCACUGGCUGCAAGAUCUGUAUACACAUUGCAAUACUUGGGAAUCACAAACAUUUUGUGUUUGUGUACCAAUGAAAUUGGACAGUCAGAAACUCAGUAUCAUGAUCUAUUUGAGUACAAGAAUUUCUCUGUAUGUGACAGUGAUGAUUAUAACAUCAGCAGCAUAUUUGACGAAGCAUGUGAUUUUAUAGAUGAUGUUGAACAAACGGGUCAAAAAGUUUUAGUUCAUUGCUUUGAGGGCAGAAGCAGAAGUGUCACGUUGGUUCUCGCUUACUUAAUGCUCAGGAAGAAGUAUACUUUGUUAGAAGCAUGGCAAGCUCUGAAACGAGUACACCGUCGAGCACAACCUAACGACGGUUUUGCAAAGAUCUUGCUGGAACUUGAUCUGAAACUACAUGGAAAGGUUUCGAUGGAAUGGUAUCAACGGAAACCGAUGAUGAAAGUCUGCCCCAUCUGUGGGAAGAAUGCUGGACUAAGCAGCAGCUCACUCAAGCUACAUCUGCAGAAGUCUCACAGAAAGCUAUCAUCUGGGAGUGUAGAUAGUGCCAUGACUAUGGAAAUCCAGAAAGCAUUAACAGCAUUGAAGAUUAGCCGUGGUGGAAGUGUCAGUCCCACACAAAGGUCAUCACAUCCAAUAAUAAGCCCAUCUCAUCCAAUGAUAAGCCCAUCUCAUCCAAUGAUAAGCCCCACACAAGGGUCGUCUCAUCCAAUAAUAGAUCAAUAGAAACAGCAAAUCCAUAGAUUUUACGCUACCAAGUAUCAUUAGGUUAGAAAUUUGAGUGGAUCACAAAAUAUAACAGCCAAUAUCACCCAAAGGGUGUUUUUUAUUUAGUUUUUUUUAUUCUACGAAGUGUAAGUGAAAUAUAGGUUCGGGAGUGGGGGGGUCUAACAGCUGUCCCAUUUAAAUAUGUUCAUUGGAGCAUGAGAAUUCUCGUAACAGAGUUUCUCCAUUGGCCAACAAACGGGUCCUUUAGGAUAUAUUUGCGAUUCUCUGACCCAAGUUCGUAUGAUCAAAAUCAGGCAUUAUCUCACUGGGAUAAUUUGUACUCUUUUUGUAAUCAAAAGACGCAUUUCAAAAUUGAUCAAGUCACCCAUGGGGGCAAAGUGAUAUCAAAACAUUUGUUCUCAAUCCAACUUACUAAAAUUAAGAUGUAACAUCAUCGCAUGCUGGCCUGAAGAACGGUGAAAACUUUAAAUUUCUUGCUUUAAACAAAUUAAAAUUAUUGAUUAAUGUAACAUAUCCAAGGAACGACCGACAGACAUAGCGUCAUUUUUCUUUCUCCCAAACCUUGCUGUGUUGGUUCUGGUCAAAACGUGCCCGAGACUACCAGCAUUCAAUAAAAAAAAGCUUUAGGUCCUUUGACAACAAAAACAAACUAUAACUACGUUUUUAAAUGAAAAAAAAAAAAAAAAAAAA